UGGGUCGGCCGCUGGGAGUCCCGGGAGGAGCCCUCCACAGGGAAGGCCUCCUCAGACCAGGACAGCCGCAGAUUGCUCUGUGCAGGAGUGAAAUCUUUUCAGAUUGUCUCCGGCAGGACAAGGACCAGGAUACAGAGACACAGAUCUAAGUGAUCGAAAAGGUGGGCGUGCAGGUUGGUGAGCUGUGGGCGGGGAUCUGGACUCACCUGACCUCAAGAUGGCUGGAAACUGCUCCUGGGAAGCCCAUCCCACCAACAGGAACAAGAUGUGUCCCGGCGGGGGCGAGGCCUCAGAAGUCUACAGUCGAGGCUUCCUGACCAUUGAGCAGAUGGUCGCGCCACCGCCCCCGGCCAUCAUGGACUACAUUUUCCUGCUGCUUUGCCUGUGCGGCCUGGUGGGCAACGGGCUGGUCCUCUGGUUCUUCGGCUUCUCCAUCAAGAGGACCCCUUUUUCCAUCUAUUUCCUGCACCUGGCCAGUGCCGACGGCGCCUACCUUUUCAGCAAGGCUGUGUUCUCACUGCUGAACACGGGGGGCUUCCUGGGCCCCUUUGCCGACUACACUCGCAGCGUAUGCCGGAUCGUGGGGCUCUGCACGUUUGUCACCAGCGUGAGCCUCCUGCCUGCCGUCAGCACAGAGCGCUGCGUGUCCGUCAUCUUUCCCUCCUGGUACUGGCGCCAGCGGCCCAAGCGCCUGUCUGCGGUACUGUGCACCCUGCUCUGGCUUCUGUCCCUCCUGGUCUCCGGCAUCCACAACUACUUCUGCGUAUUCCUGGGCAGCGAGGCCUCUGGGGCGACCUGCAGGCACAUGGACAUCUCUCUGGGCGUUCUGCUUUUCCUCUUCUUCUGCCCACUCAUGGUGCUGCCCUGCCUGGCCCUCAUUCUGCACGUGGAGUGUCGUGGGCGGCAGCGCCAGCGGUCUGCCAAGCUCAACCACGUCAUCCUGGCCAUGGUCUCCGUCUUCCUGGUGUCCUCCAUCUACUUGGGGAUCGACUGGUUUCUUUUCUGGGUCUUCCAGAUCCCGGCCCCCUUCCCUGAGUAUGUCACCGACCUCUGCAUCUGCAUCAACAGCUGUGCCAAGCCCAUUGUCUACUUCUUGACUGGAAGGGACAAGUCGCAGCGGCUGUGGGAACCGCUCAGGGUGGUCUUCCAGCGGGCCCUGCGGGACGGCGCCGAGCUUGGGGAGGCCUCGGGCAGCACACCCAACACUGUCACUAUGGAGAUGCAGUGCCCCUCUGGGAACACCUCCUGAGCAGCCCGCGCCUGGGGCAGGACAGACAAGGGGUGGACAGUGGCCUUCAGAGAUGCCCUUCCACAGGACUACAACAGGCAGCGGCCUCCAUGCCCAGGUGGAGGGAAAAGGUCUGUCUCCAGCCCCUUGUGCCUCUUCCCACCAGCCACCCUUCUUCAGUGACCCAUGGUACCAGAGCUGCCCCCACAAGGUGAGGUCCAUGUGCUCCGGGCUGGUCAGUAAGGGACAGGAGGUGGUCACCCAGCCCAUCCACCUCCAGCCCCUUUGGUCAGCCCUCCUUGAAAGUGACUCAUCCAGUGCCACCCCCAACAGACAAGGGAGUCCGCCCCGACAAGGCAGCUUUGGAGCUGGUACUCUCGGGCAAAGGGUCCUGUUAACCUGCUGUGUAACCAAGUAUCUCCAGAAACAACAUCCGGGUUCCCUUAAUGAGUUAUCCGGUGACUUAGUGGGGAAAUGACUGGCCCAGCUGGACCCCUUGAAACAGGACCUUCAUACGUCUUGGGCUGCUGACUGCCUUCCCUGCCUCUGUGCCUGGCCAGUCCUGGGCACCCCAUGUGUCCCCCAGGCCAGUGUGGACCAUCUGGGAAGCUCCUGGACAGAGUCCCUGGGCUCCAGCACCCACCUGAAAGUGGGCUCUGGCUCUACCCUGCCCACCUGAGGACUGGCAUUGUAGUGCCCGUUAACAAGCACAGUGGCACUGUGUUGCCAAAGGAAGUUUUAUAAAAGGCAAU